UCACACAAUGGCGUCCUAUGCACUCCAGGUACCAAGCGAAUAUGGUUACGUCCUAACCGUCGCCGCCUCAUCAUUCUUCGUCAACACCUUGCACUUUGUGCUGUCCGGCAAGGCGCGCAAGCAGAGCGGCCUAACCUACCCGAUCCCCUACGCGAGCCAAGAGCAAGCCGCCAAAGACCCCAAGGCUUACAAGUUCAACUGCGCUCAGCGCGCCCACGGUAACUUCGUCGAGAACGUAACACCCUUCCUCGGCGCCCUACUCAUCUCCGGUCUCUGGUUCCCGACUGCGAGCGCCGCCCUUGGCGCCGGCUGGAUCUUCGGACGCACGUGGUAUGCUAUAGGUUACACCUGGUACGGUCCCCCGGGCAGAGCCAAGGGUUUCGUUAUCAGCACCUUAUGUGACACCGCGUUGAAAGUUAUGGCUGUCAUUGCUGGUGUUAAGUUGCUUCCUCAGGCGUAGAGAUCGGGUACAUUAGUACGGAAAGGCAAAAGGGCGAAAAGGGAAGAGAUUAUGGUUAAGGGAUAUAAAUAAAGCAGAUUUUUUUAGAAAUAGAAAUUUAUAUUUUUCUUCUUCGAGGAUAAAUAUCGAGAAUAAAUAUGAAGCCUUGACAUCUUUAUCCACACUAGGUAACCCAAGUAAUAUGUACAUGGGCCAAGACGUCUAUGCUCAGUCUAUUGUGCCACUAAGCCGCUUUUCGGAAACAUGAUAUUGAACACGAAUACCUAAUGCACAUAUAUGAGACCACUUGGUCAAGCUAGGUUAGGUAGUCUUGCCA